GUAAACAGUGAGCCAACAUAACAGAAUUGCUACAGGUGACAGGACGUCUGAAAAACGAACAACGAAUUCAACAGUCAACAAACACUUGUCUUUUGCUGCAUAUCAAAAGAAUUUUCAGGAUUUUGGCAGGCUUGGCUGGAAUUCUUCUACACAUACUGCGCUUACCCUUGCAGCAGGAAGAAAAUAUUUCUCUAGCAAAGUCAUUUGAAAAUGGAAACACAAGCCACGGCCUACCUUGGCCAAAGCAAUGCCUGGGACCCAGCCACCCUGAACAAUGUCCAAGUGUCUCAGCAGUGCAUGAUAAGAGUGAAAAGGGACAUCAUGUCCAUCUACAAAGAUCCUCCGCCCGGAAUUUUUGUGGUGACUGAUGAAGUGGACAUGACCAUGGUGCACGCUGUCAUCACAGGCACCGACGGCACCCCUUACGAGGGUGGCCUCUUCUACUUUGUGAUACGCUUUCCUCCCAACUACCCAAUUGAGCCACCAAAGGUCAAGUUCAUGACGACUGGUGGAGGCUCGGUGCGCUUCAACCCCAAUCUUUACUGCAGUGGCAAGGUUUGCCUCAGUAUCCUUGGAACAUGGCAAGGACCUGCGUGGAGUCCUGCUCAAAGUCUUGAAAGUGUCCUCGUCUCCAUCCAAAGUCUGCUUUGUGAAAAUCCUUAUCACAAUGAGCCAGGAUUUGAAAGGGAGAGAAACAAAGGAGACAACGUGAAGUACAAUGAAAUCAUCAGGCAUGAGACUCUGAGAGUUGCAGUGAUUGGUAUGGUGGAGAAUGAAUUCUUUCUCAACAUCCCGAAGCAGUUGCAGGAUGUCAUGGAGCAGACUUUCCUGAACUACUAUGACAGUUACAUAGCCCUUGCUGAGAAGAACGUCCACAUGACCAAUAUUGCCAUGCAGGACCCCUUUGGAGAAAGAAGAGGAAAGUUUGUGUACAAUUUGCUGUCUCAGAGACUGCCCCCUAUUUUUGAGAAGCUGAAGGCUAAGUGGGGUGAACAGGCUGUUCCUACUCAACCUGUGCCUGAAUAUGCUUCAGCUGCUGGGGACCAGAAUGUCGAACCACUUGAGUUCUCAGACUUGGAGGACAUGUAGUUCCAGACUGUUUACUGAGGCGAACACCUACAAUCAUCUCGCCAAUGUUCAAAGUGCUGGGCACUGCAAAUAUCUGCAGAUGCCAUUUUUUUCCGUUCACAAAUCAGUUCCAAUAUUUAUACUUGCCGAGUGACUGAAGAUAAAUAAUUAAAAGUUACUCUUAAAUGGUGUAUAAUUUACAAGUAUUAUGCCUCUUAAAGCAUCUUGCAUAUUUAAACACUUUGCUGUUUCGACAAAUUCCGCCAAUCAAAAGAAGCUCAUUCUCACAACGAUUUAGUAGACAAACAAAACUUGUCAUAAAUUUGCAACGUUGAGCUGCUUUUUUACAGUGCUUGGAAUGUAAUAAUUUUCUCUUUAAGUUUGUAUCAAAAUUCAAUAUGGAAUCCGAUGGAAGCAAACACAAUGAAUUCCAAACAUACAGUUUGAUUAUAACUAUGCUGUCUUUUUUCUAUUGGUAAAUUCUUGUCUAAUUUUUUAAAAAGCCAAAAUAUGUGGGAGUGUAGAGCCAUAUAUGACAAAAUUGAAAACCAAAAAUGUAAUUAACAUACUUCAAUCUCAUAAUGACAGUUUUUCCCUCCUCAAAGUUAAGUUACAUUGAAGGUACUUGAUGUAAAUAUAUUAUGUAUAUUCUGCAAAUUUAUCUAAAUUCAUUCUAAUAAAAUUGUUCCUUUGAUCAUCAGCUCAAUUUGAUAAACUAGAUUGCUACUUAAGAAGGUUAUUAACUAUUGUAAUUUUUUUCAAGUCAUCGAUCUGUAUUGAAACGAACAACCAAUAAAAGAAGAUAAAUUUGU